AAGGCCUUGAGAAUGGACGGAAUGAGGCCAGGGACUUUCAGCAAUUAGCUAGCAACUCAUUCUGUUCGUUCUGAUUCCUUGUAAUCCAAUCUCACAGGUAAAUUCAAAAUUUUGAUAUUCACUUUUUGCUUCGAUUUCCAUAAUAGCACAUGAAUGCUUAAUCCUUCUAUUUUGAAGCCACUACCAAAAAUUAAAAUGAAAAAUUUAUCACCAAGACAUGAACUGACCAUAACCUCAUUCCCAACUUCUACAGAUGAACUUUUUGAGAUUAUAUCAAUUGAAGAAGUGUCAUUUUGUGCCAAUAAUAUGUUACCUCAGUUUGAUAAGCAACAUUUUUAUUUUGUUCUUUCGUUUUUGUUUCUAAACAAGUAACAAACUUUAAAUUUUCACUACAUAAAUGGAAAUUGGAAAUGAAAGAUGUGAGUUGAUUAAACUCUUCUUCCUUUUUUAUUGUUUUGUUUUGUUGUUGGGUUAUUGCAGGGCGAUUCAGCAAAGGGUACUUCACAUUCUGGCAAUCAUAGCAAUAGCAUGGGGUACAAUUGGAUCAGCUGUAAUUAUAGUUUUGCCACUGACAGAAAGCUGGCAAACGAUCCAAAGUGUCAUUCUUGGCAUGUUUACAAAUGACAGGCUCAUGGAAAAGGUCGAAGAGUUGAAUUUGAAGCUGAACACGAUCAUGUUGGCAAUACCUGAAGCAGAAAGACUUUACUUGCUUGAGAAAGGGAAGGCCAAGAAAAAUGAAGCAUCAGAGCCAGAUGCUCACAUUGUCCCUGCCAUUGUCCCUGCCUAAAACAUUUCUCACUCAGCUCAUCAUGAAUGAGUGGCACAAAAUUCUGCUUGGAUCUUGAAGUGAUGAAAUAAAAAAGGGAUAAAAAUUGGUGAUGUAAAUGAGUAGUGUUACAGCAAUUGGUUUCUGCCUUAGGAUUGGUAGCAGUGUGUUUUUUUGAUUUUGGUUCAGUUUUAAAAAUAAAAAUUUAAAAAAAAAUUAAUUUGUUAUUGA